AUUCCCCUAUCGGACUUUUCCCCCACUCGUUCAAAUCGACAUGUAGAUAAUAAAAGAUCGAGCGGUAAAUUCCAAUCCAAGAAACUUUCCCUGCCCUUCCUCCCGCAAUAAUUUCGAACACGUUUCAAUGGCUGCGGUCACGCUUCGCGUUUUCUACGACGAAAUAAAAAUCUUCUGAGCUCACGAACCAGUCAACUAUUCCGCGUUUCCUCUGCACUUUUGGGUUCAUCCUUUUCGAUCCGAAAGCCUUCUGGAAAUCCGAGAUUUCAUCGACUUACCGCCCGCAGAUCCAGUUUCUGGGUAGUUUAUAUACCCUUUUCUUCUAGCUUAUUUGGAUCAUGGUUAGAGGCUCACUCUACUCAACUCACUAGAUAAAUUUUCCAUUUUUUUGUACUUUUCAUUUGCCAAAAUUGAAUAUCCAGCACUUUUCUGAUUGUAUUUCCAAAUGGGUUUUCUAUAAGAGGCAUACUGGCAAAUUCUCACUUCGGGGAGGAUUUCUUGAAGGAUUUCAGAAUUCCUAAGUAUGUACUAGUGCCUGAAUCAAAGAGUGAAAAUGUUGCUGAUGUACCGCAGUGUCCGGUUUUAGUGUUUAUCAACUCCAAAAGCGGUGGCCAGCUUGGUGGGAAUCUUCUUGUAACAUACCGUUCCCUUCUAAACGAAAAUCAGGUUUAUGAUUUGGGGCAAGAGGCUCCUGAUAAGGUGCUGAGCCGAAUCUAUGCGAAUCUUGAAAUGCUCAAGCACAAUGGGGAUGAAUUCGCUACAAAGAUUCAGGAGAGAUUGAGAAUCAUUGUUGCAGGUGGUGAUGGAACUGCUGGUUGGCUUCUUGGAGUUGUUUCUGAUCUCAGAUUAUCUCAUUCGCCGCCAAUAGCAACAGUACCUCUGGGAACUGGAAACAAUCUUCCUUUUGCAUUUGGAUGGGGGAAGAAGAAUCCUGGGACAGAUGCUCAAUCUGUGAAGCAUUUUUUGGACCAAGUAAAGAGAGCCAAGGAAAUGAAAAUAGACAGCUGGCACAUUCUCAUGAGGAUGAGGACACCAAAAGAAGGUCCGUGUGAUCCCAUUGCGCCUCUUGACCUACCACAUUCUUUGCAUGCAUUUGGCCGUGUCUCUGAUUCAAAUGAGCUGAACGUGGAAGGCUGCCAUACCUUUCGUGGGGGAUUUUGGAACUACUUCAGUAUGGGAAUGGAUGCUCAAGUAUCAUAUGCGUUUCAUACCGAGCGAAAGCUGCAUCCCGAAAAGUUCAAAAAUCAGUUAACCAAUCAGGCUACUUAUGCAAAGAUUACCCAUUCACAAGGCUGGUUUUCUUCUUCUCCUUCUCAAUCUACUUCAUGGAACAUAGCGAUAGCGGAGUUCGCAAAGGUGAAGAUCAUGAAAAACCAUGGCCAAUGGGAAGAUCUCCAAAUUCCUCCAAAUAUCAAGUCAAUUGUGAUCCUCAAUUUGCCUAGCUUUUCUGGUGGAUUUAAUCCUUGGGGAGUCCCGGCUAGGAGGCAUAAUGGAGGUUUUGCUCCAGCAUAUGUAGACGAUGGUCUUGUUGAAGUUGUUGGAUUUCGAGAUGCAUGGCAUGGGCUUGUUUUGCUUGCGCCGAAGGGACAUGGGACUCGUCUUGCCCAGGCCCACCGUAUUCGCUUUGAGUUUCACAAGGGUGUAAUUGAUCAUACGUACAUGAGGAUCGAUGGGGAACCCUGGAAGCAACCCCUCCCAGUCGAUGAUGAAACUAUCAUGGUUGAAAUAUCUCACCUUCACCAGGUGAACAUUCUUGCUCGACAUGGCUGCAGGUCUAAAGGCGUUCACAAUCCUGAGUCACAUAGCAGCGAGGGAAAUGAGGAAGAGGAUUGGGAUGAUGAAGAAACUCGUGAAUCGGCAGAGUAUAAGAAGUUUGGUGCAGCAGACACCUUUAAGCUCCCGGAAGAGAUUGAUAUUACGCACCUCAGUUAACUUCUUAUUGAGUAAUUUGUUUCUCAGUCCCGUCCAAAUCCCCUUGUGAAAGUGAGAUUUCUUUUGGAAUUUCGUAACAUUUCUAGCAGGAAGCCAUGGAAGAUCUUUCUAUCAGUAUUGUAUUGUGACGGGUUGCUUUCUAGGGUUCCUACUUAGCAACCCCACUGUUAUCUAGCUGUGCAGGAUUGAUUUAUGUGAAUGAAUGCAAAUAAUUAUUCUCAAA